CAUCAAAAUACACUCACUCUCUUCUCCGAUUAAAUAGUGUUAUACAAUCUCAAAUCUCGCGCGUAAUCCAAGUGGCCUCCAUUCCAACGAAUUGCUUUAAUAGUUUUUUUUUUUCCCCUCUUUUCCUCCAAUUGGUCUAUUUCCGUCAACCUCUUCCUCUUUCGAUCAUCAAAUAAAGAUAUAAAAUUCAUAUAUGUCAACUCAGUGAGUUUCUUCUUCCCGUUUUUUCUCUAUCCGAGUCUCAAUAGCUGACUCCGAGUUGUUGACUCUCUGAUCUCUCGGCGAUGAGGAGUGGCCUGGAAGUCUUCGAUUUCAAGGAAGAAGACGAGCUCGCUGAAUAUUCAGCUGGUAAAAUCCUUAGCAAGUUCAAAAACCCUAGCCUUGACAAUCCCGCCUUUUUGAAAUGCAACUUUCUCGAAUGCGUAUCAGCUGUGUUUCUAGUUGCACAGGGAUCUGAUGUUGUAAAAAACGAAAGUGGCGCCAUAACUUGUGUAGAUGUUGAUGCAAUUGAAUGUGGGAAUAGUUCUAACAAUGCUACUACAUGCGCUUCUUUGGAAGCGGUUAGAGAGGAGUCUACCACCAAAGAAGGCAAUUCUCACCCAGAUUCUGAUUUCCCGUCAGAAUCUCUGAGUCAUGAAAAAGACUCUUGUUCUAAGAUGGAAAAUUAUGAAUCCAAAAGCUCUUUCACUGAACCGGAGGGAGGGGUUUCAUGCCAUGAAGCACCGUUGCCUGAGAAAAUCCAAUCUAAUUGUGCCCUUGCAGGCUCUCCUUCUAAUAAUGUACCGAAAUCAAAUGCUGAUGGAAGCAUGAAUGAGAGUUCUCGAUCACCUCCUGCUUCUAAUGCUGCAAAGAAUGGUGCUAUUUUAAAUGGCCACUCAUCAAACAAUCAUUUCAGAGCAUCAGAAAUGGAUAUCAUAAACAUUGCAGUUGAUUAUGUUGUAUAUCGGGAUAACUACUGUACCGGGUGCCUGGUAACUUUUUCUCGUGUUGGCAUUAAAAUAAGUGGUACGCCCACAUAUGGAGACCAGGGAACCUUUAGCUUUGAAAGGGGAAUUGAUGAUAUUAUUCGUAUUGAGUCUCAGCAUCUUCAAAGGUUUGAAACUGCCACUGUUAAGCUCCACUUACUAUCAAAGGAUGAUGCACAAGCAGCUAAUGCCUAUGGUGUUGAGCAGCUGGAGUUUGCAGUUGUUGAGCCCAAUUGGUCUGGGAAAUUGGAAGAGAUUACAGCUCUGAAUGUUAAAUAUUUAGCUUUAUCUGUCAUGGUGCACGAUACUGAUGUCUCGAUGGAUGAACGGUCAGACUUGCUUCGACAGAGGCCUUAUUUUCCAAUUUUUGAUGAGGCUGUUGAAGAUGUUGUCUAUCCAAAAGGGGAUUCAGAUGCAGUUUCCAUUUGUAAGAGAGAUUUUGAUCUACUACAACCGGAGACAUUUAUCAAUGAUACCAUUAUUGACUUCUAUAUCAAGUAUUUAAAGAAUCAGAUUCCACCUGAGGAGAAGCAUAGGUUCCAUUUUUUUAAUAGCUUUUUCUUUCGGAAGCUUGCGGAUCUAGACAAAGAUCCAUCCAGUGUUUCAGAUGGUCGGGCUGCUUUCUUACGUGUUCAUAAAUGGACAAGGAAAGUGGAUCUAUUUGGAAAAGACUAUGUUUUCAUCCCUGUAAAUUUCAAUCUUCACUGGAGUUUAUUAGUAAUAUGUCAUCCUGGUGAAGUGGCUGGGUUUGAAGAUGAAGACUUGGGGAAGUCCCUGAGAGUACCAUGCAUAUUACACAUGGAUUCUAUUAAAGGAAAUCAUGCAGGUCUCAAAAACCUUGUUCAAAGUUAUCUAUGGGAAGAAUGGAAAUCGAGGCAAAAGGAGACGUCAGAAGAUUUGUCUUCAAAAUUUUUGAAUUUGCGGUUUGUCCCACUUGAGUUGCCACAGCAGGAAAAUUCAUUUGAUUGUGGUCUGUUCCUAGUCCACUACCUGGAGCUUUUUUUGGCAGAGGCCCCUCUGAAUUUCAGCCCAUUCAAAAUAAACGAGCGCUCCAAAUUUCUUAAUGUGGAUUGGUUUCCCUCUGCUGAGGCGUCUCUGAAACGUACUCUUAUCCAGAGGUUAAUUUCUGAGCUUCUUGAAAAUCAUUCUCGGGCAAUCUCUUCUGGUGUUUGCAGUGAUGAACCGGAUUCUAGUUUCCCUGAAAAUGAGAAAGAAAGGGGAGUCCAGCUUGUUUCAGAGGGGUGCACUCAGGCUGUGGCUUGUCAUGGGAAUUUUUCAGGUUCUGAUGCCAGUCAAGGGAUUGAAAUCACUCUAUUGGAAGCAUCUUCUACGAGGAAUUCUGAUUGUGCCAAUGAUCCAGUUCUCAGGGAAUUCUUUGAACCAGGAGUUGCUGGAGGGUCAUUACUUGCACAAUGUUCGUCCUUUGACCAGCCAUCUUAUUACCGUCUUAAUGGUGCUCUAUCGCAACAGAUAGAGCAGGAUGAUGCAGAAACUGGGGAGCCGUUUAUGUAUUUCCCUUCUGGAGACGCUAUUUACCAACAAGUUCCUCAAGCUGGUUCCAUUCCAUAUCCACUGAGAGGUUUUGGCACCAAUCCUUCUUGGAAUCCAGGAAUUGCUAUGCAAGGAGAGGAUGAUGGCUCAUCCCCAGAAGCAUCAGUAUGUGCAUCUGAUGAUUCUGAUGUAGGGAUUAUUGAAAAUUGCCCCAUUGAGAAAGAUUUGGAUUUAUGUCAAAAAGAGAAAAUUGUUCAACAAAGAUCUCAAUCAAUGGAAAACGUAGAGAGUUUGACAGAUAGACUUGCUGCAAGCUCUAGUGAGAUGCUGGAUACCUCUGACAUUAAAGGUACUGGAGACCCUGAUAGGAUGCAUGAUGCUAAUGAGAAUGGUGAUCUUGCAUUGUAUCAGGAAAAUCCAAUUACUUUGCAUAAAGAACCUGACAUGGUAGAAAAUGGGUUGGAAAACGCAGGGGUCACUAGUGGUGACAUGCAAACUAUGGUUGAUGAUGUGAUGGCAGAAUCAGAGGUAGAAAAUGGUUUGCAUCAACACUCGGAGAAGGCAGAGAUCACUGCCGGUGACAUGCAAACUAUGAGUGAUGAUGUGAUGGCAGUAUCAGAUGAGAAGCAAACGAUCAAGGAUAAUGUGAUGGUAGAAUCAGAUGAGAAGCAAACAGUCAGGGAUAAUGUGAUGGCAGAAUCAAAUGAGAAGCAAACAGUGGAGGAUAAUGCUAUGGCAGAAUCAGACGAACAGCAAGCUGCAAAAAGGCUUCGGGUUACAGCUCCCCAAGAAGCGGAGGGAGAUGUCACUGGAAGCCUAUCGAAGGAUCUCCAUUUGCAAUUUAGGCUGUAGAUGGAGCUCUCCUCUUAGAUUUUUGUUAACAUAAUUGUGAACCUGAAUCUCGCUAGAUGUUGAUAUGCCAUUCUGUGAAUAGUGCCAUGGCCAUAUUUUAAAAAACAGCAUGAUGGUCUUGUAGGAAGAAAAGGAAAAUUGCAUGUUAUUCUUAUGUUAAUAAUUAAGCGAUCAGAAUGUUUUUGGGCCUAGCAAAGGAGAAA